AUUCUUAAUAGCAUCGCUCCAUUAACCUCUAACGCGUGGCCUCUUCCAACAUAGAGGCCUCACCGCGUUUAGUAACUUAGUUAAACAAGAAGAGGACAACCCCAUCCUCAAGCUUUGCCCUUUCUUCCCACCACAUAGUAGGCACGCUUCCCCUCGGCAGUGCUUAGAAGGCCGUUCCGUCACCCUCAACAGCGUUUCUCCCUAAAAAGUACAUUUGCUUCUUUCACAUUCGUCGGUUACGUGGAACACGCGUCACAGCAUUCUUCUCCUGGAGUAGUGUAACUUGAAGAGUUCCAACUUUAACGGGCUUCGACUGGCAAGCGUUUAAGGAGCAAAACAUAGCAUGGCCGCAGCGACUCCACGUUCGGGUUCAUACCCGGCCCCGGUUGUCCUUGCGCUGUUGCUUUUUCUUUGCCGUCUCGCUGGCGCUGACAAUUCUACGGCGCAAGAGACGGCAUAUAGUUGCCGUGAUGGAUGUCCCAAGACAUUCGAGCCCGUCUGCGGUGCCGAUGGGCAGACAUACGGAAACCCCUGCUUGGCGACAUGCCAAGGAGUGAAGUUCAUCGACCACAACCCUUGCCCAGGCGAGCCCAUCCUCCACCACACCAACGCACACAUCGUUGCUGGCUCGGAGGAGGGCUCCCCUAUCCUUACCCCUCACCACAUUCACGCCUUCCGCCACGAAGGCUACCGCUACACCGGACAGAUGACAUUCUCGAGCGAGAUGUCGGCCAAGAUGCCGCACAACAACAACGGCAGGAACCAGCAAGCAACAACUCAGCAGCAAGCCGCACGUGCCGUACGCAUCACUCGCGAUGGUCACGUGUACGUUGCUAACAUGGACGAAUCCGUUCAAAAGGUGAUUGACGCCCUAAUUUCGAGCCAAGCUGGCGGUAACGACCAGGGCGCGUCAGGCUCGCAGCAGGCACUACUGAACAACUUGCGCCAAUGGCGGGAGUAUCGCCCGGCAGCUGCCAGCGGCCGCGGCAAUGGCAAGUGGGCGAAGCACGCUUCCCUGUCAAACGUCCGGCCGGGGGAGCACACCUUGCAACCGGAGCUGGACGGUGCUUCUGGCGCCACGCAAGCUCGGCCACAAGCCACCACGGCCACGACCACCACCACCACCGCUACCUCAAAGCCAAGCAGCAGCAGCAGCAGCAGCGGUGGUGGUUCCUCGACGAGUGCCCGGGGGCAGCAGCAGGGCCCCAGUGCAGGAAAGCAGUCUUGGGGACUGGGCAGGUGGCGACGACAGGCGCGGCAGGUCGGCGCCGAGGCGGCUGCCGCUCCUGUGGAGCACCGCCAGGCGCGCCGCUCGCUGGGGAUCUUUGAUACGGACGACCGAGUGGACUGUCCGCGCACCCCAACCUACCCCUUCACCGCCAUGGGUCAGAUCAACGUGCGCGACAAGACGGGCAACUACGUGUGCAGCGGCACGCUGGUGGGGCCCGAUGUGGUGCUCACGGCGGCGCACUGCGUCUUCAACCGCAACGCGCAGGCUUUCUACGACAACCUGGACUUUGCCCCCGGCCGGUACCGCACCCUGGACGGUCAAGUGGUCAACCCCUUUGGCGUGGUGCCCUGGAACUACGUCACCGUCUACCAGAGCUACUCGACUGCGAGCACCCCCGACCCCAACACUGUCGACAUUGCCGUCAUCAAGCUCUCCCAGCGCGUGGGCACCACUGCCGGCUGGAUGGGCGUGCUGGAGCCCUGCACCGCCUCGGCGCCCUCGCGCUACGUCGCCCUCACCGCCGGGUACCCCUCGGACCAGCUGGCGGGCACCUGCCUGACCACCCAGUGUGUCGUGGUGCAGGACCCCUGCACGGACGGCUACCUGUACCACAAGUGCGACACGGCGUCGGGGCAGAGCGGCUCCCCCAUGUACAUGAUGGCCAUGACGGCGGCGCACAAGAUGGGGCCGUUUGUGCGGGCCGUGCACAACAUUGAGUGGGUGCAGGAGCUGCCCAACGGCUCGACGGUUAGCUACAUCAACAGCGCUGUGAGCAUCACGCCGGAUCACUACCGCUCUAUCCUGGCAUGGAUUGCCCCUUCGUUCAACACCACGAGCUCUAGUACCGACCUGUCCACACCCAUGGGCCCUGCGUCGCCUCCCAAGGCUUCCUAGCCUCUUCCUGUGGACAUCUAGGAUUAGUCUCAUAAUGAAUUGGUGUUGUUGUGGCGUUGGCAAUUUUGAAACGCGCACUUGGGGCAUGCACACCAACACAUGCAGCAUUAGAGGAUGGCAUCAUAUUUUUUUUGUCAUGAACUCCUCCGCACACAUUUCCUCCUUCGUCCCACCUUUACAUGCCCCAAGUGUGCUUGUACAGCACAUGCCGGACUAGCAUAAUGAGCGAAGUGGUUUAUUUAAUGUGAUGCUGGUGAUUAAGGCUGCAUUGAUAGCUCGAGCGGUUGAGGGGUUUCCUGCUGCUGCGGAUGUUGCCUGUUUCGGACUGGCAAGGUUCCGCAGGCUUACAAGCAGGCAAGUGUACAGAGGGGCUGACGUGUUCAUGUUGUUGGUCUUGCGCGGAAUACGCGGUGCAGGCGAUGCAUGUACGGCAGCUGUUGUGCGUGUAGGAUGUGAAGGUUGGUCCGGUAGUGGCGGUUGGUUAGGUAUGGGCCUGACGCGCCAGAAAACAGCACAUACAGCAAUGGUGCAUGGUUCCAUGACGUGAUGGUUACGUGUGGGCAGUGAGUGGUUUGCUGGAACUGUCUUAUGUUUGCUUGCGGAUGCAGUAUAUGCCUUGCGAUGUCCGCGUGACCAUUUGGUUGGGUUGUGGCACAGGUGAUGGUGUAUGUUGAUGCAGUGAUUGCGUAAAAUUCAUGUAUCUUUGACUCGUACAAUGGGCUCUUGUUUCUACACUGCUAUCUAUCGGGCUGACGCUUGCGCAGGCUGGCGGGCACGGGAGGGUGCGGCGAUUUUGCUGCUAAUUCCCUGGAGCACGCAGAGUCUGCUGACGUGCGUCACAAGUAGCCACGAGGACUUCGAGAGUCGAUUUAUUCUUCCUACGUUGGGUUACUCCUGAGCAUGCGUAUGCUUGUGCAUAUGGCUGUAGUCGUAGUUUGUUGCGGUAGGUUGCCAACAUUAUGCACCCACUGGGGGAGCACAGCGGGCAUGGCGCCACACGGGGCAAAGGCGCCACAUAACCUGCUGCUGCAAACUCCUGGGACGGUGCUGUGUUAGGUUGGCAGGUAGCCGGCAUCACAAGCUGAUUAGGCAGAGUGUCGUUAGUAAUGUGCUGGAUGAUCUAAGUCACGGCGGAAAGCCACGAUGUGCCUUACAUGACGAACACAAUAGAAGAACGCUGCGUUGUUUGACGUGGGGGGUUGUUUUCCCGGUCAGGCAACAACUCU